UGUUGAUGCCAAAACAAUACAUUUCAAAUCUGCCAUUCUUUCUAUAUAUCAAUCAUUUAUAAAAAGAUUUCUGGAUUCGGACUUCCUCUGAAGAGGGUCGUCAACGUGGCUACUCAUCGAAUCUUUAGAUUAUUCUUCAUCGUUCUUUUCAUUUUCGUCGCACUCUACUUCAUCGUGGCGUUUCCGUCGAGAGUCGCGCCACGAGUCUCAUUGCUCCUCGGACAGCUCAGGCCUCAAUUUACUCGACCCCAGAGCUGGUCAUCACGGCCACUUACCAACGCGAGUAUGGCUGCUCAGGCUUACCGGUCGCCUCCGCAGGCACCCCCAAAGUUCACGGCAACCCCGAAAUCCUUGGUUGAAGAUACCAAGAGACUCAUUGCCAAGUCUCGCGGCCUUCAGGACAAGCUUGCGGCAGAUCUCAACGAGGGCAAUGCAACUUUUAAAAAUGUGCUGGUGCCCAUGGCGCACGAUGAGAAUACUAUGGCGCUCGAAUCGAACAUUAUCGGUUUCUACCAGGCCGUGUCGACGGACCAAGGCUUGCGAGAUGCAUCCACUGAAGCUGAGAAGCUCUUGGAUGAGUUCUCAAUUGAGUCGGCGAUGCGUGAGGAUAUUUUCAAGCUGGUCGAUGCUGCGCUGAAGAAGGGCGAGAAGCUGGAUCCUGAAUCCCAGCGUCUGCUCGAGAAGGAGCACAAGAGCUACAUUCGGAAUGGGCUUGGGCUCCCUGCCGGCCCGAAGCGUGAUAGAUUCAAGGAGAUCAAGAUGCGGCUAAGCCAGCUUAGCAUCAUCUUCCAGAAGAACCUGAAUGAAGAGACGGGCGGUAUUUGGUUUACGCCUGAAGAAUUGGACGGUGUCCCAGAGGAUAUUGUGUCUAAUCUGAAGAAGGGCGAGGGCGAGAAUGCCGGCAAGGUUUGGCUGACGUUCAAGUACCCGGACCUUUUCCCGACCUUGAAGUAUGCCAAGAAUGCAGACGUUCGAAAGAAGGUCUUCAUAAACAAUGAGAACAAGUGCAAUCAGAACGUGCCGCUGUUCCGUGAGGCCAUAAUCUUGCGUGACGAGGCGGCUCGAUUGCUCGGUUACCCUAACCAUGCAGCCUUUAGAAUCGAAGACAAGAUGGCGAAGACGCCUGAGACGGUUGACGAGUUCUUGGGUGAUUUGCGCACCCGACUCACGGCCGGCGGCAAAUCCGAGAUUGACAAUCUCAAGAGUCUGAAAAAGGAGGACCUUAAAAAUCGCGGUCUUGACAAAGCUUACGAUGGCAACUACUAUCUCUGGGAUCACCGCUUUUAUGACAGAUUAUUGGUCGAGCAGCAGUAUUCCCUCGAUCACCAGAAGAUUGCCGAGUAUUUCCCAUUGCAGACUACGAUUCGCGGCAUGCUCCAGAUUUUCGAAGAGAUUUUCGGUCUCGUCUUUGUCGAACUCACUGGCAAGGAGCGGGAUGCGAUUUCAGAGACUGGCAAGGGUUCCGACAUUGUCUGGCACGAGGAUGUGCAAGUCUUCAGCGUAUGGGAUGACGAGGGUGAAGGCGGCAAGUUUUCGGGCUACCUCUACCUCGACCUUUUCCCUCGUGAGGGCAAGUACGGUCACGCCGCCAACUUCAACCUCCAACCGGGUUUCAUUGAUGAGAACGGCAAGCGGCGCUACCCAGCCACGGCACUGGUGUGCAACUUCUCGAAGCCGACGCCUAAGAAACCAAGUCUGCUGAAGCACGAGGAGGUUGUUACCCUCUUCCACGAGCUCGGUCACGGUAUCCAUGACCUUGUUGGCCGCACCAUCUACUCCCGCUUCCACGGAACAAACACGGUGCGAGACUUUGUCGAGGCUCCCAGCCAAAUGCUUGAGAACUGGUGCUGGACACCCUCGCAGUUGAAGUCACUCAGUCGGCAUUACUCGUCAUUGUCGGGCGAGUACAUGCAGGCAUACAUGGAAUCCGCUCCGGCCGGCACCGAGAAGCCGUCGGAGCGUCUUCCGGACGAGCUCAUCAAAAAGCUCAUCGAUACUAAGCACGUCAACGAUGCGUUAUUCAACCUCCGCCAGCUUCACUUUGGCAUCUUCGACAUGACCGUGCAUGAGCCCGAGGACCACGAGGCCGUGGAGAAGCUCAAGGUCUCGGAGAAGUAUAACACUCUCCGCAAGGAGAUUAGCUUGAUCGACGGCCCGGAGGUCCUGGGUGCGCCAAACGACUGGGGUCACGGUCAGGCUACCUUUGGCCAUCUGAUUGGCGGGUACGAUGCCGGAUAUUAUGGCUACCUCAGCUCGCAAGUUUACUCCACAGACAUGUUCUACACCGUCUUCAAGUCGAACCCAAUGAACGCAAAGGAGGGCCGUCGGUACCGCCACACCGUCCUCGAACGUGGCGGCAGUCAGGAAGAGAUGCAGACCCUCAUCGACUUCCUUGGCCGGAAGCCCAGCACCGAGGCCUUUUACAAGGAACUAGGCAUCAGCAAGUAAACCUUUUGGGAGCAUUCUUUUGCUCUAUAUUCUUUUUGAAACCCCAAAACUCUAGCAUGUAUCAUGUUCCGUAUAGCCUGUCGCAUAACACAUGGCAUGUAGCUUGUGCGAAGUAG